ACUGUUAGUUAUUAUACAAAAGUUGUGUUAGACUUAUUAUUCAGAACUUACAUCUCAAAGACGAAGGAGUCGCAUGCAAGACAAACUUUUAAUACUUUUGAGAAAAAAGUCAUCACGUUAUUAACUGCGGCAGCAUAGAAAUUUCUUUAUACAUAAAUACAUAUAUGCAAUGAGUGUAACAGCGGUUUCCGGUCACGGCAAAAUUCCACCGAGAUUACCUAAGUGUGCGAGAUGUCGCAAUCAUGGUGUAGUUUCAAUUUUAAAAGGUCACAAACGAUUUUGCCGAUGGCGCGAUUGCAACUGUCCUGAUUGUAACUUAAUCGCAGAACGCCAGCGUGUUAUGGCGGCUCAAGUGGCGUUGAGGCGGCAGCAGGACCAAGAAGAGUACAUGCGAGCUGUACAACUUCAACAAAAAAACGACGGAGGUAAUUUCAAGCCAGAUGAAGAAUUAGCGCCACUUCCUUCUUCAAGUCCGCCCUCAACGAUGUUAUCAAUGUCAAAUUGGAAUUCUAAUCAUAACAACGAGGUUCAAAUGCCGCCAACCCCGCCCUCUUCAGACACUCGUUCAGCUUCAGACUCUUCCCUAAAGAAAGAAUACGACGAAAAUUCAGAGGAUGACGAGAAUAUGUCCGCCCGCGAAUUUCCGUCGCCCGUAGAAUUAAAACAUGAGAGUUCAGAAAUUACGGAACCGAAAAACAAUGAAAGGACAUCUCCACCUCCAGCAUCAAGAACACCAAAACGAAAAUCUCCAUGUCCAGAAAGCGAACCCAACGUAGGUGCUGUAACUAAGCAACCAAACCCGUCCAUGACGCCGCCAUUGUCUGAUCCUCCGUCAAAAAUGGCGCGUACGGACGACACCUUUCGUCAAAGGCAAGAUCAACAAAGAUAUUUAGAACUGUUAAUUCGCUUGUAUCCAGAGCAAAAGCGAAGUGUGUUAGAAAUGAUUUUAAAAGGUUGUAACAAUGACAUAGUGCAAGCUAUUGAAUGUGUGCUACCUAGCCAUGAACGUGCAAUCCAGCAACUAUCAAACCUGCCCGGACAAAGCUUUGAUUUACCUAUAUCAAAACAGAAUGAUGUGACAUCAAGAAGCUUUCCGCUACAACCAGCUGAGAAAACACCGACGAUUGGUUCCGCUUUUAUUCCAUUUUCUACUCAAAGUCACGCUAUACAGCCGGUACACUCGUUUUCAGCUGGAUCAGCUACGUGCCCACCAGGAUGUACCUGUCAGCAAAAAUGCGAGUGUUCAGAUUGUUUGAGCGGUAAAAUAGUUCACAAUGUACAUCAUAGCAUAGCGCAUUCACCAAAGCAUACACAAAUUCGCCCACAUCUAAGUCAUAUCGUUCCGCAAUCCGCUAUGAAGAUGUCUCCACAAACUACCCACCGGAUGGUUCCGUAUGUACCGGUGUCUUCCCACGUUCCGUCACCCAUAUCGGAACCGGUUAAGAUUUGUGCCGGUUGUGGAGGAAAGAUGAAAUUAGAGGACCAGAGAUGUCCUAACUGUGAACCGGAACAAAAAUCUUAAUAAAACGUCUAACUACUGUAAAUAACUACGCACAAAAUAUCUUAUAUUGUAAAUAUUUUCCAUAGUUUUAUUAUAUAGAUAAGCAAAGUAAAUUUAUUCUUUAUAAUCUCCGUAAUAUGAAACAGUUACAUCUAUUUAACACGCACGUAUAUCUCCAUCUUAAUGUGUACAAAAUCUCCAUUGUACAUCAAACUAUUAUUUGUUAUAAAAGUGUUAUAUAUAGUAUGUACAAUGAUUGUCGUAUACCGUUCUAUUUGUCAUGAACUGUAUCUAUUUAAAAUGUUUAUUUUAUUAUCUUGUCGUGUAUUACCUCGUUCCCAGGCCUUUUGUUGUGUUAGGCGAGAGAAAUUGCAGAAAACUUAAAUAACGGUUACGUACCUAGGAUUUUUAAUUGUUAGUUCCGUCAUUAUGUUGUUUUUUGUUGUUUUGUUAACAUGACAUUUAUUCAAAAACAUGACAUGACUUUCUUUACCGAUGAGGAGUUGGUA